AUAUAGACUCACGUGCAGUCUUCGUGUGCAGGCGAUUGCGCAAUAAAGGAGUUGCGUCGCUGUUGCCUCAUUUGCGCCAGAGAUUAUAACGACGACGCGAUCCCACUCGGCUCACAGUUCGUCGUUGGACGUCGACUUGGACACAAGCAAUUGACAACCAUUGGGCUGCCAUCUCUCCCACUCAAGCAUUCUAUCACGUGAUCACGCCGAGGUUAUAAAUACACGAACUGCGCGUGGUGUAAACCUCUUUUCCAAAGUAGCUUCUGACGCGGUAAGAGAGUUGGGUAGUAGGUUCAGAAUGCCGGAGACUUCAUCGCCGUACAUAAAUGGUUAUCAACAGAAUGGUCACAUGGAGCCGGAAAUACUGGAGGAUACAUUCCUGUUCACUUCGGAAUCUGUGGGGGAAGGCCAUCCAGAUAAAAUGUGCGACCAGAUCAGCGACGCCAUUCUGGACGCUCAUUUGAGUCAAGAUCCUGAUGCCAAAGUUGCUUGUGAAACUGUUGCAAAAACUGGCAUGAUUCUUCUCUGUGGUGAAAUAACAUCAAAGGCAAACGUUGACUACCAGAAGGUGGUCAGGGAAACAGUGAAGCACAUAGGAUAUGAUGACUCUUCUAAAGGGUUUGAUUACAAGAUCUGCAGCGUGCUGUUGUCUCUGGAUCAGCAAUCUCCAAACAUUGCUGCCGGUGUGCACCUGAACCGUAAUGAUGAUGAUGUUGGUGCUGGUGAUCAGGGUCUUAUGUUUGGUUAUGCAACUGAUGAAACAGAAGAAUGCAUGCCAUUGACAGUAGUGUUGGCUCACAGUCUUAAUCAAAAAAUUGCUGAGCUUAGGAGAAAUGGAGAGUUUUGGUGGGCAAGGCCAGACUCUAAAACCCAAGUAACAUGUGAAUACUAUAUGUCCCAUGGAGCUUGCAUACCUCAGAGAGUUCACACAGUCGUUGUUUCUGUACAACAUUCUGAGAAAAUUUCAUUAGAGGAACUCCGUACUGAAGUUAUGGAGAAAGUUAUAAAAGUUGUUAUUCCUACAAGAUACUUGGAUGAAAGGACGACAUUCCAUAUUAAUCCAUGUGGCUUGUUCGUUGUUGGAGGUCCACAGAGUGAUGCCGGAUUGACAGGUAGAAAGAUUAUUGUGGACACGUAUGGUGGAUGGGGAGCACAUGGAGGUGGUGCAUUUUCUGGGAAGGACUUCACAAAGGUUGACAGAUCUGCUGCGUACGCUGCUCGAUGGGUAGCGAAGUCUUUGGUGAAAUCUGGUUUAUGCAGGAGGUGCCUUGUUCAAGUAUCAUAUGCUAUUGGUGUAGCAGAGCCCCUUUCUAUAACUGUAUUUGAUUAUGGCACUUCACAGAAAACCCAGAGGGAACUUUUGGAGAUUGUAAAGAAAAACUUUGACUUGCGUCCAGGAAGAAUUGUGAAGGAACUGAAUCUCCGCAAUCCUAUUUAUCAGCAAACAAGCACAUACGGUCACUUUGGCAGAGAUAUUUUCCCAUGGGAACAGCCAAAAAGAUUGGUUGUUUGAUAAAUGAAGAAUUUUAAAUUUAGAUAAAAAUUGUCAUGAAUUCCAGUUAUUGUUUUACGUCUUACUGUAUGAUUUGUCAGUGUAAUGUUGUGCAGUAUACAGUAAUUCACUAUUUGGUGUAAAAUGUAAGCAAUUUACUGGCCAGUUUUCAGCAGGAAGCUGAUGAAGUCUCAUUUUUAGGUGUUCUGAACCUUUGCUUGUUUUGGCCUUUCUAUACAUUUGUACACCUGUGUUUUUGUUAGUAUGUCAGUGUAAGUUCUGUACAGCUCUGCUAUGUUUUUCAAAGUGUGAGAAUUAUUUUGCUUGUACAUGGUUACAAAUGUGUAGAAUUGCCUAAGUGGUAAGCAGGCUUUUAAACAGAUUUUGUGAAGUUUGUGGGGGUGACAAAGCACAUCUCUUGGCAGAUCACAGUUGAAGGUAUUCCUUCACUGCAAAAGUGUGUGGCAAAGAAAGCACCUUUCCCACUAGAGCUCCUUCUCUUGUUGGAAACUCCACACAUUUUGUGUUGUGUUUUUGAAAAAGAAUCUAAUGGAAAAGAGCAUUUCCGAAAACACUCCGAUCUGUCAAGAUGUGUGGAGAGUAACAAGCAGCCAUGACUUUACUUUUGCAUUUAUGGUAGCAGCACUGAUGUUCUUUAGAGAAGGUAGUGAUGUCAGUGUUCAUGUAGGAAGUUACGUCUUUGUUAUCUGCCCAGGUUGAAAAUAAUUUGCAUGAUUAAAUGAAAUACAAGUGGAAAAGUGACAUAAUCUCAAAUGCUGUAUUCUGCAUUGAGAGAACAGUUAUGUGUGUUUUUAAUUUAUAAUAUUCCUGUGAAUUGAAUUGUGAUUUUGUCCUGUAAGUUAGUGUUUGAAGUAAGUGUGUCAUGUAAGCUCUUUAGGAAUGAAUGCAGCUUUAAUUCAUAUCUGAUAUUCACUGUUCAAAUAAACUUUUUUCUUACA